AUGACUAUAAUCUAUGACAACAGUAAUGGCAAUAACAGCAACAAUAUAGUCGUUCGUGACAAUAUUACUCUGGCUACUCAUGCGCCACUUCCAUCGUAUCAACAUCAGUCUCAAUCACCUCAACCUCAAUCACAACACGAACCACAACAUCUACAAGAACAGGAUCACAAUGAAGAACCAAAACACCUACAAGAGAAAGAUCAUGAGGAACAAGAUGAACCACAACAACAAAAAGAUGAAGAUAUAUUGGAUCCAUCACAAUUAUCCUUCAAGUCGCCUGCGCCGGAUGAUCGUUAUACCGUUAAUGGUUUCGAUGUUUCUGGUGCAUUUUAUGAGUUUCAAGAAUCCAUCAAGAAUCACAAGCACAAAUUACCAUUAGAAAGUCAUCUCCACCAUGCUUUAGCUGCUUCCUCUAUUUUGUUCCUGAAACAUGGUCGGUACCCUGAUGAUAUGGUGAAAAUAUUUGGCGAAGAUCAACUAGAAGCAAUUGUGGACGAUUUGAAUGAUAUGUUCGGCGUUAAGAAGGCAAAGCUUCCCAUCGGCACUGUAACGGAUAUGAUCAAUAUCAUUCAGAAUGUGAUUGACGAAAAUAUGACAAGAUAUCAAGCGGUCGGCAAACUUUUAUUAAUGGAUGGAAAAGUUCCUGCUAAUCAAUUCAAGUUCAUCAAAUCAGUUGCAAAGCUGUUGGAAAAACUCCCUCGAACUGGUAUUGUUGAAGAAGUAAAAGAAAACGAAUUAUGCACAAGGUACGCUGAUCCCUUGCUUUGUGGCCUGUUUGAUGACCCUGAUGCUGGUAUAUUUUUACGAUGGACUGAUCAAACUACUCUGGAAGGAAAGAAAUCACUCAAUAUCUCAAAACGACGCCCCGAUAUCUGCAUCACGACUUUGAAAGGGAUAAAUUGGGAUUACAAUUCUGGUUUUGGGGAAGCCAAAGCAUCAAGCGAAGGUAACAAUCAUUACUAUUUAUGUAAGGAUUUGUUAAGAGUAGCAAUAUUUGGCAAAAACAGCAUUGAUACUAGCAAUAUGGAUGGAGUCAUUGGAAUGCAAGUCGUGGGGCGCUCUAUUACAUUUUAUCUGAUGGUACUAUUGUCUGAUGGAUUAUAUAUCAUGCUGGAACUGGAACGCAUCUCUAUCCCCGGAAGUCUGGACGAUUUAUUAAAGUACUUGAUGGAUAUGAACAAGAUUCUUAUGGUUUUAGAUGUAUUCGAAGAGUGGUGUAGACCGGUGUCAGCCGCUCAGGCGUCCCGCUUUGACAAACGGAAAAGAAAGACCCUCUCAACUCCAGGCUUCUGUCAGAUCAUGUCUUCGGAAACAAGUCGCAAACGAUCUUGUAUAUUGAAACAUUAUUACAAUUAG